AUGACUCACGGUGUCGAAGCCAGAUUUCCAAACCCGGAGCUCAGAGCGCGCAUCCCAGCGACACUCAAAGUAGUUGCGGCUGGGGGUGAGGAGUGGCCGGGGUCCGACCACAAGCGCACAGCCUCAGAGCGGGGGGGGCCGCCCCCCCACACCCCCAGCCGCCGCGUCCAAAACCCGAACGUGAGCGGCGGCGUGCUCGGGGGCGCAAGGUCAAAUCCCGGCGGGCUCCCACGUCGGGGGGAGGGCAAAGGGGAGGGUGUGUCGGGGCCUGGAGGCUCGAGCCGCACGGGAGGCCGGGCUGCAGCCGCGGCGCCCGCCUUCGCCCGGCCUCGGGCGGCGCGCCAGGGCCCGCCUCUCGACGACGCCUCACUUCCCUUCGGCCGGGUGGCCCGGCCUGCGCCGCGCCGGCCCCGGACGUCCCCGGGCUUCUCUUUCGCAUCGCCCCCCCAUACCCCCGCCUCCUCGCCGCUGCCACAAGGCCUUCACCCCAGCACCCAGCUCCUGCCUCCCAACCUGCCGCCCUUACCUGUUCCUGGAGCGGGCGGAGGGCGUCGAAGCCCGGGGGCCGCGUCGUCGAGUGAACGACACGGGUCCGCAACCCUUUCCCGCCGCCGCCACUGCGCUCUCCGGCGCGGCGCGGCGCGGGGCUGGCGGGGCCGAGCGGCAGCCGCGGCGGGGGGGGAAAGACGCGCGGCGAGCGCGCCGGGCGGGGAGACACUGCCGCUCUCCGUCCGGCCAGGGAAGAGCAGCGGCGGAGGAGCCCAGCCGCGAGAGGGCGGGUGGGUGGUGUGGGUGGGCGGCCGGCCGCGUGGGGAGGGGUCUCGCGGAGUCGGCAAUGGCUGCCACGUCGCCAGGUGGAUCUCCGCCUCCGCCUCCCCCACCCCAAGCCGCGGGCUCCGCGCCGCGACCUCUGGUUUGUCCCGAGCCUCACCGGGGCCGCGUCGUCCCGCCCCGUGGGGCCGGCCCGGGCGCCCCGAGCCCGCGGGCGCUCCCACCUCUCCGGCCGCCCCUCGGAGCGCGAGGCCCGGCCUGGCCGGUUCGGCAAGCCUCGGUCUCCUGCCUUCCCUGAGGGCUCCCCGAAAGCCUGUGUGGUUUUUCCCCCCCGGCCUCCUCCCGCCCUCGUGGUCAGGGGGCCUCAGGGAGGAGCCAGCCCCCUUUCAGGGUGUCAGGUUCUCGGGGACCUCCGAGGGGCCCACGGAACCCGCGGCUUGGGGAACCCUGGCUCUUGCCCGGGGGGCGGGCCCCGGGGUCCCGCCAGCUGCCGUGAGGCCCCGACGCUGCCCAGCCCCGGCGGCCGGACACAAAGGGCCCGCCGCCCCCGCCGCCGCGGUCGCCGCCGCCGCCGCCACACACUCGGACGGCGGCUGCCGGGUCCCAUCCCGCGCCGCCUGCGAGCCCAGAAACGCGAGCCCGGCGCGGGGCCCCCCUGCAGCUGGGGUGGCCGAGCCCCAGCCCCGGCGUCACCGUGUGUUCGAAUCCCCUUGGCCAUCGUGA